CCGUGAAGCGCAAGCGCCGCAUUCGACGGUCCGGCGAGUCGCAAAAAUUGCAGUAUGGCUGCGCCAACGAAAAAACGUGAGCUCCAGCCGAGGAACGAGAAUAUUGACAACAAUGAGGAAGAACACAGUUCGUCGGAUGACCCGAGUGAUUGCGAAAAUGAGGACGCAUCAGAGGCUGAGCAGGGAAUGGAGAUCCAGGUAGAUUUUGAGGGCCGUAAUCCUCAGGAUCCCGAUUUCAAUGGUAUUAAAAUACUGCUGCAGCAGUUAUUCCUCAAAGCUCACCUCGACCUCGGAGGGCUCACAAACUUAAUUAUUACUCAAAAUUACGUGGGAUCAGUCGUCAAGCAAUCGUCUAAUGACGCGGAGGAUUCAGACGAAGACGACGACCCAAAUAACGUUUUUGGAAUCACAACAGUCGUCAAUAUAUCCGAAAAACAGGUAGAUGACCAGCCAUGCGUGAAACAAUUGAGAGAUUUGCUGAAGCAGCUUGCAGAAGAGCAUGCUACCGACGCUACCAACGCCCUGAUUCGAAAUGUACUGGAAAACGACGCAGCUCCGUUGGGUCUGUUGAUCAAUGAAAGAUUCAUCAAUAUUCCCGCACAGAUAUCGGUGCCGCUGUUAGAAAAUUUGGUUUCGGAAAUCGAUAGGGCAGCAAAGAAGAAAAUGCCAUUCAAAUUUUCCUACUUCAUACUAAUCUGUAAGGUGUACGAAAUACCGAAUGCCAAGAAAGAUCCAAAAACGUUGAACAAAAGUAACGCACCUCAGGUUGAUGUACUCUGGAGUAAUCCUGAGGAGGAGAUAUUCGCCGAAGAAGCAGACUGCAGCUUUGAAUUUUCCGUUGAAAAUGAUUCUGAUAGUGAAUUGGCAGGGACCUGGACUGAAAGUGACAACGAGAUGAAGCCGUACAGAAAAGUUUUACUUUUUGAAUCUUCAAAACUCCAGAGUAUCAUCGACAAAAUCAAACUUAACGUUGCGGGAGCUAAUAAUUAAGACUGAAACAAAAGUUUUUAACUCUAAUCGACGAAAUCCAUUCCCUGACGAAGUUUCUAGCUGCAAUUCAUAUUUGUCAAAUGGAAACACAACGUUCGCUUGGAAUUCAGCUGGACAAUAUUCUGUUCCAUCUGAUGAAAUGUCGAAAGUCUAAUCUAUCCAAGAUAUUCUUGAAGUACAGUUUGUCUAUUUGGCCUAGGUGGACGGUAUCAGACCAAUAAAAUUACGAAGAAUUAUGAGUAGUUGUGAAUUCCUAAUAUCACCCAAAAAACAUUGAUCUCGUUACCCUUGUCAUUAGGUCGCUAAUGUACUUUUCGGAAUUUGUUUUUGAUAAGAUGUGAUUUCACUUUAUAUGACGCAGACUGCGCUUAAUCGAAAUAGUCAAACUGUACAGUGUAAGAUCGAGAUUCUAAAACUCGGGUCGAAGUGACUGUAAUAUCUGAGCAGUUUCGAUCCGUUUUCAUGUCGGCGUGUGAGACUAAAAAGCUUUUCCACACUAUUCGGUUAAAAAGGAGGAAACAAAGG